UUUCCCGGAUGGAGGGGAGCUGCUCUAGCAGGAAAUAUCGAGGCACUCUAUGCAUCAAUUCAAGAAGAUGGAGAUGUUUUGAAGCGCAUUGAUGAGGUGGAGUUUGUUGACACUCCCUUACACAUAGCUGCAGCCGCAGGGCACACCGAUUUUGUGAUGGAGAUGAUGAACUUAAAGCCAUCGUUUGCUAAGAAGUUGAACCAACAUGGUUUUAGCUCCCUUCACCUGGCCUUGCAAAACGGGCAUAAAGAGACGGUGCUUCGUCUCCUGGAGAUCAAUAAAGAUCUUGUUCGUGUGAAAGGGAAGAAGGGGUACACUCCUUUGCAUUACGUAACUAGAGAAGGAAACCUUGAUCUUUUGGCCAAAUUUUUGGAGGAUUGUCCUGAAUGUAUCUUUGACGUGACAAUUCAAAAUGAGACUGCUUUCCACAUUGCUGUUGAAAACAAUAGAUUAGCUGCUCUUCGUGUCUUAUCCAAGAUGCUGAAGAAGACCGACUGUUGUCAAUACGUGGUGAACCGGAAAGAUAAGUAUGGCAACACUGCAUUGCACAGAGCUGCGGCCAAGAGUUACCCCCAGAUGCUCAAACUGCUAUUAGCAUGCAAGGCUGAUAAAAAUGUGACCAAUCAAGCUGGUUUAACUGCCCUGGAUGUUGCACGGGGCCAGGUUAACAAUCGAGAGAGCAUUAAUAUACUUGGAGUUUGUUCAUUUCCUGGAGUUUCAGCUUUAUAUAAGUUGCGGCAACUGAUCGUCAAGCUUCUAACAAAGGCAUCAGCAGAGAUUUUUCAGGAUAUGGAUAGCAUAUCAAGCGAGGACCGCAACACUUUAUUAGUAAUAUUAGGACUGCUACUAACAGCCACCUACCAAGCAAUUCUUAGCCAGCCUGGUGGCGUUUGGCAAGGUGAAGUCUCCGCAACUUGUUUAAGCCCGCCUAGUGGAGCUCCAACCUCCACUCCCACUCCAACCCAUCCUAGCAAAAGUAGAAAUAUGGUAGGAACAUCAAUCAUGGAUCCAGGUGAAUUUCUUGUUUUCUAUCUUACAGUCUGUGCAGUCUUUAUAGUGGCGUCUUUCUUAACAUUGGGCCUCCUUAAACCGUUUCCCCGAGGUUUCAAGACUGCUCUGCAGGAUUUGAUAUCUCAGUCCUCAAGCCCACCUUCAAAUUUAGGAUGACAGGCAUCAGACAUGAAGAACAAAUAAGUCCAGAAGAAGUCAUAAAUGGCAGAAAAGAAGGAGCUGAAGUUGGAAGCAAUAAGGAAAGACAUCGUGGCUCAAAGAAACAGAAGCUAUAGCACAACAAAUGAUGCUCUAAACGCACCGUUUCACUUAAACACAGCACAAAGGCAGCAUAUCGUAUGUGUAUGAAACGCACGUUUUCAGAAAUAGGUGCUUUUCAAAUUUUAGCUUAGAUAGGUUUAUUAGUUUAGAGUUUAUAUAUAUAUAUAUAUAUAUAUAUAUUAUUUAUUUUUUAAAAAAAUUAUAUAUAAAUUAAUAAAUCAAAUAUUCGAAUGUUUUGACUAGUUUAGAGUUAAUUUGGUUUUUCUUUAUUUAUUUUUACUUGUAAAAGCUGUAUAUAUUCUAACACCGAAACUAUACCCUAGUUUGCUUCAUUAAUUUUAUAUUGAGAAC